AUGGACGGCGUUGACAUCACAAAAGCCGUCCUCAAUAAAGGAAAGCAAAUGGCCACUGUCGCGGCUUCUGCUGCCAAUGGCAAUGGUGGAAAAAAGCGCAGAAAGGGAACCGAUCUGAAACCCAUCGUCACCAAUGAUCCCAAUUCCCCGGCCGUCGAGCAGCCCACCUCGGCUGAAGCCGCCUUAGCAGAUACCGCGUCGCGCUCCUCCUCCUCAUCAUCCGAAGAAGAAGAAGUCGAGACUACCGCCGAAGAAGAGGAUUCCGAAGACUACGUCAAGGGUGGUUACCACCCUGUCAGUGUCGGAGAAACAUACAACAAUGGUCGCUACGUGAUCAUACGGAAGUUGGGCUGGGGUCAUUUCUCAACCGUCUGGCUGUCGCGCGAUAAUAUUUCCGGCAAGCAUGUCGCUCUUAAAGUCGUUCGCUCCGCCGCCCAUUACACUGAAACCGCCGUCGAUGAAAUUAAACUGCUCAGCCGCAUCGUCAAAGCCAAUCCCUCUCACCCAGGUCGAAAACAUGUUGUGAGCUUACUUGACUCUUUUGAACACAAGGGUCCCAAUGGCACCCACGUCUGCAUGGUCUUCGAGGUAUUGGGUGAGAAUCUGUUGGGUUUGAUUAAGCGCUGGAACCACCGCGGCAUUCCCAUGCCGCUGGUUAAGCAAAUCACAAAACAAGUACUCUUGGGUCUGGAUUACAUGCAUCGGGAGUGUGGCAUUAUUCAUACCGACUUGAAACCGGAGAACGUUUUGAUCGAGAUCGGCGAUGUCGAGCAGAUCGUCCAAACUUAUGUCAAGGAAGAAGCCAAGAAGGAACAGAAGGAGAAGGAAGACAACCGCAACGGCAGACGGCGACGCCGCACUCUUAUCACGGGAAGCCAACCGCUACCCAGCCCGCUCAACACCAACUUCUCCGAAUUCAAACACAGCUCGCAGCAUUCCCAAAGUAGCCUCAGUGCGAUGAUCGAAGAGUCGCCUGAUCCAUCAGCGGACUCUGCGAAGGAUGCGCCAAUUAAUGAAGAUGAAAAACAAAAGCAAAGGGAGAAGACCACAGAUUUGUUGGAAAGAGAGGUAUCCGGGAUCUCGCUAGAAAAGACGCCGUCCAAGAGCUCGAAUAAAGAACCUGAAGGUGAGAUGAUCAUCUCAGUGAAGAUUGCCGAUCUGGGCAACGCAUGCUGGGUCGGGCAUCAUUUCACCAACGACAUUCAAACUCGGCAAUACCGCUCGCCUGAAGUCAUCUUGGGGUCCAAGUGGGGUGCGAGUACGGAUGUUUGGAGUAUGGCCUGCAUGGUCUUCGAACUUAUCACCGGAGACUAUCUAUUCGACCCUCAAUCUGGUACCAAGUAUGGCAAAGAUGAUGACCACAUAGCUCAGAUUAUUGAGCUUCUGGGGUCAUUCCCCAAGUCCAUGUGUCUCUCCGGGAAGUGGUCGCAAGAGAUCUUCAACCGCAAGGGCGAGUUAAGAAAUAUCCACCGACUUCGCCACUGGGCACUGCCGGAUGUGUUACGCGAAAAGUAUCAGUUCUCGGGCGAAGAGAGUAUGCGAAUUAGCGACUUCUUGCUCCCCAUGUUGGAGCUGCCUCCAGAGCAGCGCGCCAACGCCGGUGGAAUGGCAUCACACGAAUGGAUGAACGAAACCCCGGGAAUGGACGGAGUUACGCUUGAUAUUCGCCCAGGAAGUAGGGGAGAGGGGAUUGAAGGAUGGGCAAGUGAAGUGAAACGGAGGUGA